AUGGUUCUCGCAGCCGUGGGGCAACUUUGCUCGACUGCCAAUAUAGCGUCGAAUCUGGCACAAUGCCAAGUCCUGGUUCAAAAGGCAGCAGCAGCAGGUGCCAAGGUGCUGUUUCUUCCCGAGGCCUCGGACUAUAUCGCAUCUUCGCCAGAACAGUCUUACGCCCUCGCCAGGUCUCAAGAUUGCACCGACUUUGUUUCCGCCCUACAGAAGGAUGCCGAGAAACAGAACUUACACAUCAAUGUUGGGAUCCACGAGAUAGCCUCUGAGACCAGACUCAAGAAUUCAUUGAUCUGGAUUGAUAACAAGGGAGCCGUUACCCAGAACUAUCAGAAGAUUCACCUUUUUGAUGUUGAUAUCAAAGAUGGCCCAACCCUCAAAGAGAGCGCCAAUGUCCAGCCCGGGCAACAGAUCCCCAAGCCUUUCGAUACACCUAUCGGGCGUGUUGGUUUAAGCAUUUGUUUCGAUUUACGAUUUCCGGAGAUCAGUCUGGCUUUGAGGCGACAGAAUGCCGAGGUUAUCACAUAUCCGUCAGCAUUUACAGUUCCGACGGGAAAGGCCCAUUGGGAGCCUCUACUACGAGCUAGAGCUAUUGAGACCCAGUCAUACGUGAUAGCUGCUGCUCAGGUAGGCCCGCACAACGAAAAACGACGAAGCUAUGGCCAUUCGAUCAUUGUGAACCCUUGGGGUGAAGUUAUAGCGAAGCUGGGAGAUGAGCACGAUGAGCCACAAAUUGCGACAGCCGACAUUGAUCUCGAUUUCGUGAUGAAGAUUCGGCGAGAAAUGCCCUUACUUCGAAGGAAUGACCUCUACCCCGAAUUCUGA